AUGCCGGCCGCACCCAGUGCCACGACAUCGAACUCGACCUCCACAUCGACGCCCACCCCUACGCCAAAGCAGACGGCAGCGACGACAGGUUCGCGCAGAGUGCCGCUCGAUAAGCGGAAGCGCACGGAAACGUCGUGCGAUAAGUGCAAGUCGCGCAAGCAGAAGUGCAGGAAAGAGCCCGGGCAGGAUGCGUGCCGAUACUGCUUUCUUCAUAAGAUCGAAUGCCUGACCACACAACCGCGCAAAAAACGCCUCUAUGGCAGCGUCGAGGGCCUUGGGAACCGGCUUGCGCUACUUGAAGCGCUAGUGAAGGGUCUAUUGCCCGAAGCUGACGUGACUGAUCUGGACGAGUUACGACAGCUGGGUGGCUCACUGGGCAUCUCGCUGCCCGGCUCAGGCGAGGGUGAAGCAAGUGGAGAGCAGGCGAGUGGGAGCGACAAGGAGGGCGACGAGCAUGCUUCUCUGCUGCCAGACCAGCAGGGGCAGGUUCAGUACAUUGGGCCUGGCAGCUCGUUCGCCUUCCACCUGAAGCUGCGGUCGUUGAUUGGCGCCGGCGCCCUUCGCUCUUUUGUGCUGUUUGGCAGGAAUGCCGCCGACGCUGAGCCCAUUGAACCCGGCGAUCCUCGUAGCAAUGACCCCCACAGUCUCUCCACCCCGGGCGCAACGUCCAACGUCGAUCAGAGCUCGCCUGCCGGCGCCCGCGCCGUACCCCAUGCUCAGCCGCACGAGGUCCCCAGUCUCGAGUCACUCAUUGGGGCCUACUUCGACCACAUCAACCCAGACUUUCCUGUGCUGUACGAGACAAGCUUCCGUGAGGCUUACGAAGGAUGGUUGUUGGAUCCGGGCAAUGCCGACCCAGCGUGGCUCUGCAGUUUUCUCUGCGUGCUGCUGCUGUCGCGGCGUGUCGCGCGCAUCACUUUCCAGGAAGACCAGGAAAAGCUGUGGUGGAGGAGGGUGCAGACGCUCCUGCCUGUUGUCAUGUUUACGUCGAGCGUCAUGGCCGUGCAGGCGCUCCUGCUAGCCUCACUUCACCUUCACAACACGAACCAUCGCGAUGCUUGCUGGAAUCUUACCGGCACAGCGGUGCGCAUCGCCUUCGCCAUAGGCCUGCAUCAGGAUAAAGUGAACAUCAUGCAGGCCCCGCUCGCUCGCGAGUUGCGCAAACGGUUGUGGUGGACUCUGUAUGCCUACGAGCAGAUGCAAGUCUCUUCUUAUGAUCGACCGAGUGCCAUCGAGCACCCCGGCAGCAAGGUCAGCUGUCUCAAUGAACGCCUUGUUGGCUCCGAUCUGCACCACCCGCCCGAGUACAGCCAAUGGUACAACCGCUUAGUCGUGCACCUGGGCUCUGCGUGCCGUGCACCAAAGACAGUCCGAGCGAAUUCCAACGACGAGUCCUAUGUCGGGCCAUUGUCACCUGCGGCAGGAGUGCUUCGAGAUAUGGAACGCUGGAGGGAUCUACUUCCCCAGCAUCUGCGGACAGAGGCGCUGGAAUCCAAUCCACCUGCCUUCCAGCGACCCAUCCUGAUGCUUCACGGCCUGUAUCACUAUACCGUGAUCGUUUUAUGUCGCUCUGCUCUGCUCACUCGCGCCAACAUACUGUCCAAAGAAGGGAACGACGCGAAGAACACAGCCCUUAUAGCCAUGGCAGACUCGUGUUCCAACUCAGGCCGAGCAUUGGCUCGCAUAUUGCUUAAGCUCGAGGGCAUUGGAAGGUUCGAUGCAAUCACCUGGUCGGACAUCUGGUAUGCCCUGGCAUCGAGCUCGGUCCUUGUCCUUGACCUGGUGUGCAUGAACAGGAUCACUGGCACAGAUGUGUCUGCAUCUCGAAUUCUUUUGUCACAGCUCGCCGACCUUGCGCAGCGGCAUAGGCGAAAUCCACAUAUGCCAGGAACCAUCCACAAGUUUGCUUCGAUUGUACCCGAGCUACAGGCCAUGGUCAACGCAAUGAACACUUCAAAAGCACCUACAGCGACUGCACCCAUGGCGGAGGCAACAGACCACAAAAGCCAGGAAGAGUCAAGACCACCAUUACAGCAACCACAGGAGGCAGUCACCUAUCCAUAUCACCAGUUUUCGACAGAUAGCGGCGCAUAUAUGUUUGCGGAUAACAUACCAGGUCGCUACUAUCCCGAACAGCAGUAUCCUGGCCCAGCAUACUCUACUGCAAGAUUUGACCGCAAUACUCAAACGAGCUUCAUGGACUUCACGAUCAACAAUAUUCACGACUGGAAUUGGGCUGACUUGGGCAGUCUACUAAGCAAUGAAGGUGUGCCGAAUGGUUCGCUGCCUGGUCAGCCUUCAUCAGGGCCCUUGCCAUCUCCACAGCAAUGA